ACAUUUUAAAUACCUAGCAGCCUUUGGAAGGAAAUUCUAUUUACAAUUUAAAAUUAUUGUAUUUUUAUUUUUAAAAUUUCUGGAUUACUAAAAAUUUUUUGUUUAGUUGCUCACUUUUGGUUGUUUCAAGAAUUAAAUCCCGUCGUGGAGGUGGAUCUCUGGAUCUGAUCCCCCAGAUUUAGAAAAACCAUGAAUGAGAUCGUGCGCAAUGGAGCCGCCUUUGUGGGCCUGUACCUCCUAAUGCUGGCCGUUCUGGUUCGUCCGCAAAUGAACUUCAACAUGUACAUUAAGUCUUUUUUUCUGCAAGCGGACUAUAGCGCGGUGAUGGUGCUGACCUACCGCUUCGACGCCUACAUGGCCCUGGUAGCCGCCCCACUUAGUGGUGGAACUGUGUACGCCCUGACCCAAUGGAAUAUUCAGUGCGAGAAUCCCAAUGCCCGGAAGACGAUCAUCACGGCUGUGGUCUGCAGCUACAUCCUGGUGCUGUCGGUCAACUUUCUGGCCAAUGUGAUGGUGCUGCAGCAGGCGCUGGUCCGCUUCGACCAGUGUCCGCGGCAGGCGUGGCCCAUGUACUGCCAUAUGGCGGGUUCCUUUAUCAAGUCGGCGUUGGCGGACAUGCAGAGCGUGAUAACCAGGCAACAUGUCAAGCGAGUCCGGCUGACGUAUCGCCUGCGUUAGUCCUGGUGUUUUGGAUAGGCCACAGAUAAGUCAUAAUGUUAAUAAAGGGUUUAAUGGCAAUACAACUCAGAUUGAUUGCCACCAAAGCUACGGAAGUCAAAUAAAGAUUAGAGGUGAAAAUAA